UACUGAGACGUAACCGAGGUAAGCCCUACUGAUGUGCCGCCUGCUCCUGGGGCAUGAGCAAAGUAAAGACUGUCUUACUUAUCUGAGGUCUUGUAGCAAGCUUUUAUUUGCCUUGCUAAUAAGUUUUGAUGGAUCUGCCGAUUUCAGUAGCAUCCAUCGGUUAAGGGAGAAAAACUGAUUUACUGUGGCGAAUCUACAGGUGGUUUUGCUAAGCGACGACCGUAAAGUGUGUAGGUUUGAGUCACACGUGUUUGCAGUCAUGUUGAGCCCUGAAUCUUACCACACGAUGUUCCCCUUGACACCCACUGUCUGGCAUAGUGCUGCCUUAUCCCAUCUGCCGUACCGCACCAUGAUACUUAGUCCACCUCUCCCGUACCCGAUGUCGUCUAUCAAGAGGUAUCACCGUCGCUGCCACCGUAGAAAUAGCAGGUCGACAUCUUUUACCAUAGAUUCCAUCUUGGGUUUGCAACAAGAAGACGCGGAGACGAGACACUGCGAGAAAGGGGACAGCCAGACAGUCUGUGAUCUUGACCCAUACCGGCAAUCAGCCAUAUCGGACGGCGUGAAAGUGCCAAGCCUUCACCGCUCACUGCCUGCCUCCCAUAUCUCACUCUAUCCGGCCUCAGCUUAUCUUGCUCCCCAGAUGACAAGCGGAAGAACCAUCGUAAGAUCUAACACAGAAGAAUUUAGUGAAACGGGAAAGGACCUCGACUAUGACUUUUUGGAACCGUUUGAAGUCAUCAACAGUGACAGAAAAAUAAAUGACCGAGCGGAGAUAGGCCUAUGCCCCAGCACGAAGCGAUCUGGGCUUCCGGAUCUGGACUGGAAUUCUGAGGUUACUGAGCAGAAUAGCAAGCCCAAGCGAGUACGCACGAUCUUCACCCAAGAGCAGUUGGACCGUUUGGAAACCGAAUUUUCCCGGCAGCAAUAUAUGGUCGGCACGGAAAGACUGUACCUGGCUGCCCAACUCGAUCUGUCAGAGUCGCAGGUCAAAGUGUGGUUUCAGAACCGGCGUAUCAAGUGGCGCAAGCAGAACCUGGAGAGCCAGCAGGAAAAGCUUGCCAAAUACCGCGCCAUGAGAGCAAAGGAGCGACAAGUACGCGUCCAAGACGGGGGUAGUCCAACGGAGUCGAGGAUAGCUGACGAAGCCAGCGACGAUGAAGUCACUGACGACAUUAAUGAUGAGAACAAGAUCAAGCCAGACGAAGGAGUCACCGCGACGGAAUCUGAAUCCGUAACAACGGAUGCUACCACUCAUAGACGAGGAUCAUCCUCAACGCUCGGAAUCCCUCAUUCCUCUCACGACUUAGUCGCACGACUUAGUGUGAAAUGACCAACUUCUAGGUUCAGCUAGAAUACAAUCAUCAAAGAACAAUUAAAAAAACUCUGACUGUAAUAGUCACGACUGUGCACUCAUUGAAUUGCACCUGUCACUGUGUCAACUAUUCUUGACCAUCCACUGUCUCUCAUGGUUCAAAGUUAUAAUUUUAUGAGUUACUAUGUUACAUGUAUACUAACCUUUUUCCGAAAUGUUGACUUUAAAAAAAAAAUGUUUAAAAGUACAAACGUUCAGUUUAUCAGAAAAAUCGAACCAAGUACCGGAGUAUAAUUGCAUCUAAUUUGCUGUAAUUCACUCUUGGAGUAAAAUAGGUGAUUCCAAGAAUGAGCUUAAUAAAAUGAGCAACGAAGAUAUAACAAGGUCAAGAUAUGACAAGGUCAUUGUGAUCUUCUACCCUUUAAGAAUAAUUAUUGUUUAUAUAAUUAUGAUCUUGAUGGUUCUUCUUAUUAAAAUGAAUUCAUCCACUGUCUGACACCGUCAUCAUCGUUAUCGUUUUGCGGUAUGGAAAAAUGAUAGAAUGAGGACAUUUUUAAUUUGGAUGCACGUAGUCCCAGGUCAUUCAUAGAAUACCGAAGUGACUUCGUUAGGCGCAAGAGUG